UGUCGACGUCAGUACUAGAGAACGCGAAAGUGAUGAUUGUUUCAAAGAACCGUUGAGAUUCCGUGCUUGGGUUUGCGUGGGAUAGACGGAUAUGACAGUGACAAAUCGGUGGGCGUGUUCGAAAUGAAGAUGGCGGAAACGUGGAGCAUCCUCAAGACAAGUCCCAGCACUUCCCUGCACAUGCGUGUGGGUGUGUGGGAGCACGGAAUGUGCAGCUAGGGUAGUGUAGCGUGGCCUACAGCGCCUACAGUCAGUUGUUCGUACUCCUUGACUGCUGGUACAUGUGACAGCUAAAACAGUGGAUCUUGAUGCAUUGUUAAUUAUGCAAAAGAGUGACUGAUUUUGUAGCAGUUUUCCUAAUUUAUUAAAAGUCCAUUAUUUGGGAAUGUCUGUCAGUAAUGACAUAGGGCUUUUGCAUUUCUCUGGGCUGUUUUAGUGCCGUUGACUGCUGUUUAAACUUAAAUAGAAUUCUGACACUACGUGUUUGAAACGUCGUCCUUAAAUGUGAAGGGAACCGGAACUUUGAAAUCUGAGGACGAGGAGUUGCCAGGGGCCAAGAAAAGACACCAGAUGUCGCAGCGACCCACUGAGCCCGAGGGCGGGAAACACCGGAACCAGGCAAACGCAAGGGAACGAGACCGCACACAGAGCCCCCACAGUGUCAACUCUGCUUUCAUGAUGUUGCGGACUCUCAUCCCCACGGAGCCUGCAGACCGCAAACUGUCAAAAAUUGAGACCCUGAGGCUCGCCUCCAGUUACAUCUCACAUCUUGGGACCCAGCUGCUGGCAGGUCCCGUUGAUCAACCUUGCCUCAGACUGACUGUCCAUACUCAGGACAACUUCUCUGAUCACCAGCUUCUGGGGGCACAGCGGUCACCUGUCUGUACAUUCUGCCUUGCCAAUCAGAAGAAAGCGGAUUAAUUUUUUUGCCUUUUGUUUUGCAAUCACUGACACUCGGUGGGAAAUCCAUCUUUUUUUCUUUUAUGCAUUAAAUUGGGACAAUUAAUUUUAAAGAAUGGAAUAUUGCAAGAACCAGUGAAUUCUAUUCUGCCAUUCACCCACUGACAGGCACACAAUUUUCACCUGACUAGAACAUUUUAUACAUCCUUUAUAGUGUUCAACAAAUUCCUUUAUCCUGCGUGUGAUUGGCAGUUCAUGCAGUCAUUGCCUGAAGAAGACAUCGCAGACUGGUUGUCAGUAACAUCAUGCUUGAUUGAACAAAAUCAUAAAUGUGAGCGAUUUUGGAAGGAUAUAACAAGUUGAAUGUAAUUUGGCAUAACAGCACAUCAGUCUGAUGCCAACAGUGCUGUAGUCUUAGCACUUCUACUUGGCAGGCAUUAGCACUCCACCUGUCAAGUAUUUUCCAAAUUAAAGAAGUCUUUCAUUAGCAAAUUAGUGUAUGUGAGAUCAAGUUCAGUAAUCACAGAUAUCCCUGAAUGUUUUGCCUCUGGUCUGUCUCAGGCAGCAACUGAGAAAAGACAGUUGAAGAUUACAUCAUUUAUUGCUGUAAUCUAAAUUGUGUAUAGAAUAAGGGAAUGUAGAUUGGAGUGAAGCUUUGUGUCCCUUUCAUUUACCAUUUAUAAGGCCAAACUGUUGUGCUCCCCUGGAAUAUUUGCUGUAUAACUCACAUCCCAUUCCUAUCUCUGAAACCCAUAAUCUUCAUCAAGGUUAUCUGUGUUGCCAUAUUAAGAAGAACUAUAAGAGAUUAGAUACUGAUUAAUUAUGUUUAACCAAUGUAACUUAUUUUAAUUAAAUUGAUUUAUAAUUCUUGUAGAAAUUCCUGUAUAACAACCAAUGUUCAUUACAUGUGAAUUAUUCUUUGUAGUGUUGGCCACACCAUCUGAUGAUGGCCAACAGUGGCUAAAACAUGUAAAGGCAAUCUUCUAUAUUUUCAUAUUCAGUUUCUUGCAAGUGAUGUACCUCACUACUCAUUCAUGUAAGAAAGGUUACACAUGCCAGCGACCACUGCUAGUUGCUCAGCAGACUAGCAAAACAGUUGUCUGGAAAGCCAUCAAUGGUCAUUAUAAUUGGGUGGCAGGAGUGGUUUGAGAGCUAACUAACUUCAUGGAGCUGAUCCCUUCUUAAGAAGCUGACAGUUGUGUAGCUACUUAAGAAUUU